AUGGCCCCAGCUCAAAGAAGCAGCUUAACAGCAGAUAAAACGUGGGCGAUUCUCAUCCCUGCUCUUGUGCUGCUGUGUUCCCAAAUCCAAUAUUCUCUGGCUGCUAGCAAUACUCUCACCCAAGGCGGGCCAGCAGUGAAUUCCUCUACAGUCCUCGUCUCCCCAAACGGCCUCUUCACUUUGGGCUUUCAGCGGCUCCCCUCCGGCGAUACUUACCUCGGGAUCUGGUACAACAACGACACCAGCUUGUUCUUCUGGGUAGCGAACCCUGACUUCCCGAUCCCCAACAGCUCGUCGGGAGAGCUCGCCCUGGACCACAACGGAACUUUAAAGCUCGCCUACUCUGGCGGCCCCGGGCCCAUCGUGCUUUACUCCUCAAACAGGCAGAGGAGGAGAUUGAGCGCCGUGCUCCAAGACACGGGCUGCUUCUCCUUGUUUGAUCCCGACGCCGACGCGCCCGGCAAUCCGCUCUGGCAGAGCUUCGAUUCCCCUACCAAUUCCUGGCUGCCGGGGAUGAAAUUGGGGGUGGUCGACGGCGGUCCGAACCGGAAGCUGACGUCAUGGCUAACCAAUUUCAACCCGGCGCGUGGGGCUUUCACUCUGGAGUGGGACCCUACCGACGGGAAGGAAGAGCUGGUGAUGAGGCGGCGGGGCGUGCCGUUCUGGACCAGCGGCAAGCAAUUGGGGCCGAACAUGUUCCGAAACCGAGAUCUCACCGGGAUGACGCUGGAUCUCAACGUAACCCGCGUCUCCAAUCCCCCCGACGACGAUUACCUUACCUUCACAGCCUCUACCAACGACAACAGUUUCAGGGACGAACGGAACUUCACCAUGUGGAGAUUGCAUUACGAAGGCACGUUGAACGACCAGAGCUCUGGCCACCGGAUUAUCUACCCUGACAUCUGCGAUGGGAACAACACGGAGGACGGCUGCGUGAGAUGGCCGGGACCGGAUUGCCGGAGCCACUACAGGGUCAUCGUGCAGCCUGGCCUGUUCAAGAACUCCCAAGUUAAGUUGGAAAACAAUGGCAGCCUGGGAAUCAGUGACUGUGUGGAUAUCUGCUGGAGGGAUUGCGACUGUGGCGGCACCACUGUAAUAGGUGGUGUUCCCGGUAAUGGUACUGGAUGUGUUUUCCACUAUGGGCAGUUUGUGAGCUCGCGUAGAGCAGGCGUGUACCGCGUCAUUAUCAGAGACGCUGAUGGGAGAUCCGACGCUGAUCCUUCAGAGAGGCUUCUAGCGGAGUUGACAUCAUCCGAUCCACCGAUUGUCAUAGACGAGAUGGGAGUUGACGACGAUCCGGGGCACAACCUGAAAGUUUUCAGUGUGGCGUCCAUCAUGACUUCUACAAAUAAUUUCUCUUUGCAAAAUAAACUCGGGGAGGGAGGUUUUGGACCUGUAUAUAAGGGAAAAUUGGGAGAAGGGUCGGAAGUAGCUGUUAAGAGAUUGUCGAAGAAAUCGACUCAAGGUUUGGUUCAGUUCAAAAAUGAGCUAAUACUCAUUGCAAAGCUACAACACAGAAAUCUCGUCAGACUUUUGGGUUAUUGCAUUCAUGAGGAAGAAAUGAUGUUGGUUGGCUAUAUGUCCCCGGAGUAUGCCAUGGAUGGCACAUUUUCAACCAAAUCUGAUGUCUUUAGUUUUGGAGUUAUGUUGCUGGAAAUUGUGAGCGGCAUGAAGAACUAUGGGCUCAUUCAAUUGGAUCCGCCUAUCAACCUCGUAGAAUAUGCGUGGAAGCUAUGGAAUGAAGGCACCCCACUGCAGUUAGUGGAUGCAAUAUUGACUGAUUCGAACAGUUGUAAGGAUCAGAUACUUCGAUGCAUCAAUGUCGGACUGCUAUGCAUAGAGUAUAACGCAUACGAUCGGCCGGAAAUAGUAGAGGUGAUAUCAAUGUUAACAAGGGAAAUCGCGCAAUUGCCCACUCCAAAACAUCCAGCAUUAACAAUGAUGAGACCGGGAAGUGUAAGCACGGAGAGAAGCUCGAGCACCAAUAACCGGGAAAUCUGUUCCACCAAUGAAGUCACCACUACGAUGAUGAGUGGUCGAUAG